GUUUGGAGUGGGCAGGACGAGCAGCCUGGCGGCAGGAAGUGGAGGCAAGAAUCCCUGUGGAGGGUUGAUUUGUGUUGGCAAGGUUUGGGGCUGAUUUUGCAGGCGCUGCGGGGUGUGUUCCGGAGGCCUUUCUAGGAAGUGCUCAGGGGUUUGCUGACAUCAUGGCGGCCACAAUGUCCGCCCGAUCAGUGGGUGCAUUCAUGGGCACCGGGGUUGCGAGCGGGUCGGGGCGGAGGACAGAUGCAGGGGUGCCGAGGCAGUUGGCGGGAAGCAGGUACGCGCCCCCCCAGCUGCAGAGCUCCUUCGUCGGAAGUGCAAUGACCAUGAAGGCGCAGCCCGCGACCGCCAAGCAGGGCGCCGGUGUGGUCUGCAUGGGGCAAAAAGUGCACCCAACUGGGUUCCGUAUCGGGAUCACGGAGGACCACAACUCUCACUGGUACGGUAAGGGCGACAAGUACGCCAAGCUUCUGCAGGAGGACGAGGAGAUCCGGGACAUGGUCUUCAAGUACGUCCGCAAGAACGUGCGUACUCCGACCAACUACGGGGGGGUCGUCAAGGUCGGCGUUGACCGCGUGGUCGACAAGGUGAACGUGCGCAUCUUCACGGGCUACCCCGGGCUGCUCAUCCGCAACGACUCCGUCUACAAGCUGCGCGACCUGUUGAAGCAGAAGCUGGCCAAGAACCACCGCGUGCUGGAGAUCAGCCUCGUGGAGCUGAGCAAGCCGGACGCGAACGCCGGGAUCCUCGCGGAGUUCAUUGGGCAGAGGCUCGAGGAGCGCGUGCCGUUCCGGAGGGUAGCCAAGGAGGUUCUUGACAAGGUAUAUGGGCUUGGUGUUUUGGAAGGUAUCAAGAUCCAGGUGGCUGGUCGGCUGAACGGUGUCGAUAUCGCCCGCACGGAGUGGAUUCGGGAAGGGCGUGUUCCUCUACACACGCUGCGUGCCCAGAUUGGGUAUGCCGAGUAUUCGGCAAACACCAUUCACGGAGUGCUCGGAAUCAAGGUUUGGGUUUCGCAGGGGGAGCGGUUGUUGAGUGCGAGGAUCACAUAGUAGUACCAGGUUUGAUAGUACUCCAGGUUCGUCAUGAACCUCUACCUCUCGGAAGGUUUAGUUAUGCAGUAACUUGUGGGUUGAGAGACCAGACACAGCAGCUAUUGUACAAUGAAGCAAACGGUUGGAUGCUCAGGUUUUGCCCAAAGUCAGCGGUUAAUCUCCGUCAUGAAGU